AUGAACGACCGCCUCGCCGUGUAUGGCGAUAUUGUCGCUACCGCUAUGCUCUGCCGAGACUGGUACCAUGAAAGCUCCAGCAAAGCUACCUGGACGUCAAUUCGUAACCAGUUCUUGAGCAACACCUAUCUUGCCGAAACAGGGUUCUCUCUCGGGCUAGACCAUUGCGUCAUCAAGGACGCCGGUACAUCUUCCGUUUCGGAUAAAAUGAUGGCGAUAGCUGUGGGGGCUAUCUUAGGAGCGGUGCAUCUGGACGGCGGCGAUAACGCCUUACGCCAUGUACUGGCACAGCUUCGCAUCGUCAGCCCGACCGACCCUCUGGUAAUGUUCCAUGAUCCUAGCCUGUUUCUCGCAUGUACAAGGCAGAUCUGUAACAAUCUACACGGGCUUGAACAUGCCACAUCGACGUGA